CGAGGCACCCACAACCCCCUGCGGGCGCGGGGCGGGCAGGCCCACGGGGUAGGCGGGGAGCCGGAAGCGGGCGGGGCUCUCGCUGACUGGGAAAUGUCAGCCGCUUGACUGUGGACGGCUGUUUCUUUCCCCAGAGCCCGCAGGCCUUCUGGUGACCGCCACCGCCGUCGCCUCGGAGCGUGGGUCCCGGGCGCUGGGCGGCUGUGGCGGACGCCGCGUUUUCCCGGGUCCUUUCAGACGCUGUCUGGCGAGAUCGGACGGCGAGACCGAGAGGGGAGCGCGUGAGGCGCUUUGGAGUCUGGGGUCCGGGGCCGAGCUCUGGCGGAGGAGAGGGGCCCCGGGAGACCCCGAGCGGCGGCCGCCGCCGCGGGGCCCACAUCCUUGGCCGCUGAGUGGAGGCAGUAGCCGAGUCUGCCGGCCAGAUAUGGUCCAGUCCUAUACGUGAAUAACUUUUGUUAGUAAGAGUGGACAUUCAAUAAUGAGUGGUGCAGCUUUGGGACUCGAGAUUGUUUUUGUCUUUUUUCUGGCGUUAUUUCUACUUCAUCGAUAUGGAGACUUUAAGAAACAGCAUAGACUUGUAAUUGUUGGAACACUGCUUGCUUGGUAUCUCUGCUUUCUUAUUGUCUUCAUACUGCCUCUGGAUGUUAGUACGACAAUAUACAACCGGUGCAAACAUGCUGCUGCAAAUUCAAGCCCUCCUGAGAAUAGCAACAUUUCAGGAAUGUAUGCAACUGCUAACCCUGUUCCAAGACAACAUCCGUGUUUCAAGCCAUGGAGUUAUAUUCCCGAUGGAAUUAUGCCAAUUUUCUGGAGGGUAGUAUAUUGGACAUCACAAUUUUUAACAUGGAUUCUCUUACCUUUUAUGCAGUCAUAUGCAAGAUCAGGAGGGUUUUCUAUCACUGGAAAAAUCAAAACUGCACUGAUUGAGAAUGCAAUCUAUUAUGGCACCUAUUUGCUGAUUUUUGGAGCAUUUUUAAUUUAUGUAGCUGUAAAUCCACAUUUGCAUUUAGAAUGGAACCAGCUUCAGACAAUUGGGAUAGCUGCUGCAAAUACAUGGGGUCUAUUUCUUCUUGUAUUGUUGUUGGGGUAUGGCUUGGUAGAAAUUCCUCGGUCAUACUGGAAUGGAGCAAAAAGGGGUUACCUACUUAUGAAAACGUAUUUUAAGGCUGCCAAACUGAUGACAGAGAAAGCAGAUGCAGAAGAGAAUUUAGAGGAUGUCAUGGAAGAGGUUCGUAAAGUGAACGAAAGCAUCAAGUAUAACCAUCCAUUGAGAAAAUGUGUUGAUACAAUACUUAAAAAGUGCCCUAUAGAAUACCAGGAAAAAAUGGGUAGAAACAUGGAUGACUAUGAAGAUUUUGAUGAAAAGCGUAAUACCUACCCAAGUGAAAAAAGUCUGGUAAAACUGCAUAAACAGGUGAUUUAUUCAGUUCAGAGGCACCGUCGAACUCAAGUACAAUGGCAAAUUCUUUUAGAACAAGCAUUUUACCUAGAAGAUGUAGCAAAAAAUGAAACUAGUGCUACUCAUCAGUUUGUUCAUACCUUUCAGUCGCCAGAGCCAGAAAAUCGAUUUAUCCAAUACUUUUAUAAUCCUACAUUUGAAUGGUACUGGGAAUGUCUUUUGCGACCAUGGUUUUACAGAAUACUUGCUGUGGUUUUGUCCGUCUUCUCUGUGAUUGUUGUGUGGUCAGAAUGCACAUUCUUUAGCACUACUCCUGUCUUGUCCCUCUUUGCAGUCUUCAUACAGCUAGCAGAAAAAACAUACAAUUAUAUUUAUAUUGAGAUUGCUUGCUUCCUUUCCAUCUUCUUCCUAAGUAUCUGUGUUUAUUCUACUGUAUUCAGAAUUCGUGUAUUUAACUAUUAUUAUUUGGCUUCACAUCACCAGACUGAUGCUUAUAGCCUUCUUUUCAGUGGCAUGUUAUUUUGCCGUUUGACUCCUCCUUUAUGUCUUAAUUUCUUGGGUUUGACCCAUAUGGAUUCAUCCAUCUCUCACCAAAAUACUCAGCCAACUGCUUAUACAUCUAUUAUGGGUUCCAUGAAAGUUUUAUCCUUUAUUGCAGAUGGAUUCUAUAUAUAUUAUCCUAUGUUGGUAGUAAUUCUCUGCAUUGCUACUUAUUUUAGUUUGGGAACCCGUUGUUUGAAUCUGCUUGGUUUCCAGCAGUUUAUGGGAGAUAAUGAUAUGACAUCAGAUUUAGUUGAUGAAGGAAAGGAAUUAAUCAGACGAGAAAAGAGAAAAAGGCAAAGGCAAGAAGAAGGUGAAAAUCGAAGAAGAGAAUGGAAAGAACGCUACGGACACAAUAGAGAAGAUUCCACUAGAAACAGAAAUAUUCACACUGACCCCAAAGAGUCAAACUUCUCGGAUAUUAGUACCAACCGGUCAUCCAAAUAUACAAGGGCUAAUAAUAGGACUGAAAGGGACCGAAUAGAACUUCUCCAAGAUGCAGAACCUUUGGAUUUUAAUGCAGAAACAUUUACUGAUGAUCCUCUCGAAUCUGAAUCAGGAAGGUAUCAGGCUGGUGGACGAUAUCUCUCAAUGUCUCGCAGCCAAAUAUUUGAUGAUGUUUAAAGUCUGAAAAAAAUUAUGGAACAACUAACCAAGGUCAACAGUCUUUAUGGACAUCUGUGCACCCUAGAAUUUCCUCUGUUCUCUCAGUCAAAAGUGUCAAGAUAACAAAAAGAUACUGACAAUUAAUUAUAUCUUAGUAUAAUAAUUGAUUGUUUAUUGAAUUAGAGUAUCAUCUUUUUUAGUAAGAGUUAUUACAUAUCAUUUCCUAAGCAUCUGCCUUAGAGGUACAGCUAUAGUGGAAGGAUUUAACUCAUAAUAAAGAGCAGUAUGUGCUGAGAAUAUGUAGUUUGGUUUGUUUCAGAUUAAAUUUUUUUCAGAAGGAUUAUUUUAAAGAUUGAAGGAAGCCAUAAGUCAUCCCAAAUGAUAUUAUACAGUUUUAUUAUUGUGAUUUACUUUUUUGUUAUCUCUAAAAAAUAUAUCCAACAUGUAUUUCCCAAAAAAAAGUAAGUGAAUGGAGACCUCAUAUAAUAACCAUAUUCAUAAAACUCAUGUCUUAAAACAAGGCUUACUUACCAGAUAAAACUGAAUGUAAAAAGUGCUUUUUCAAAUCUGUUGGCAAAUUAGUGGGGUUUUUGCAUGUGUAAUUAGGAUUAUACUUCAACUGAUAAGUGUUAGUGUCUUUAGCAUGUGUAUAUAAUCAGGUGAUAUAUUAUUCCUUCAGGCUUUGUAGUAACUGGAUUUUUAAAAUGUUUUUGGUAUUGCUUUAUAAAAGGUUUCAUUUCAGAAAGCAAUAUUAAGUGUUAUCACUUAGCAUGUUGAUUUAAAUGUUGAUCAUGCCCAUGUAAGGAUAAGUCCUAAGCUUUAUUGGCAAAUAGUUGUGGAAUUUUUUAGUAGCCAAAAAAUACCACGAAUUCUCUAAUAUUUAAAUAUGUAUGCUUUUUGAGAAACAAAAAUUGGUCUUUCAAAAGUAAAAAGUGAAUCCAUUUACUAUUGUUACUGUCUCAUAAAUUGUGGUUUAUAGAAGACUACAUUAGAAUGAAAAUACAUAAUAAUAACUUGGUUAAACAUGCUUAUUUUAAAUUGAUUGUUUUAACCUUUGUGUUUAAGCCAAAGUUUGUAUUAUAUUUUAAAGCACCAAUGUUUAUUGCAAAGUGAACACAGUUGAGCACAGCAUGCUUGCAGAGAGUUUCUUACAUCCCUGAAAUAUUUGCAACUCUUAAAAAAUCCAUACUGCAUUGAGAAACUGUACUUGAGCUUGCCCGGUACAGUCUCAGUUUAACACCUGUUAUCCUGUGUAGUUAUUACUAGUACUCACUUUCACUCUCAAGUAUCCCUGUUUGAAGAUAAAUAAUAUGGUCCUUCUAACAAUAUGAUUAUAUGCUAUUUGAAGUGUAAACUUUCCCUGAGCCAUCAAUUAAAAAUUUUUAUUUUCCUCUUUAAUGAGUGUUACCAUGUAAAUUUUAAAAAGACAAAGUCCUAUGAGGGUACUGAAAGGAAUAGUGCAUCAUCUUAAUUGUCUUAUAUUUUAAUCUUUGGGUUUUUAUGAUCUGAGAUUAGAUCCCCUUUAAAAUAAUUAAAAUGAAUUUACUUGCAAAGGAGGGUAAUAUAGACUGCUCAUUUGAGGGGACACACACAGUCUUUUACUGUGAAGUCUGGUCAGAGAGCAAUAGACCAGGAGCAGAUAUAAUUUAAUACUAUUUGUAAUUUCAUGACUAACUCAUUGAGUUACUUUGGGAAAAUCAUAUAACCUUUUGGUGCCUCAAUUUCUUCAUUUGCAGAAUGAAGAUGAUACUUGCUAUUUACCUCAAAGCUAUUGUGAGGGAGUUGAGUUCAUAUUUAUGUACUGGAAUUUAGAAAGACAAAAUAUGUUGUUAUUUAUGCUGUUUUUCCUAGGGAAGCUAGAAGAUAUUGACUGGGGAAAUUAUCAUCCCAGAAAGAGAAAUGAUUUUUUGUUAAUAUGAAGAAACUUAUAAGUCCCCAGAGCAAAAACUCUUUUUGGACUAACUCAUCACAAUGUCCUGUGAAAAUAGUGUUGUUUUAUUUAGUCUUUGGGCUUACCUUAGAAUACUUUUUUAGCAUAAUGUUUCUCAUUAGAUUUUGUCAUGAAAUUCAGAUGCUGUUGUUGAAGUACAGGCAGAAAAAAGAGAAGAAAUUACCUAGUUACUUUUAUUACUAACUUUCCUAAUUGUCCUAAGAUAAAUUGAUGGGAAUGUUACCACUUUCCUUUAUUACUAAAUUUUGUAUGGUUAUAAUAAUUGAUGUAUUAAUAUAGCAUAUAUGUAUAUACACACACUUUACAAACAAACAAUAUAUUCCUUUAUGACUUUAGAGUUAUUUUAAAAAUAACAUUUGGUUCUUUUGGUGAUUUAGAAUGUUCAAUUUUUUAAACAGAAUUUGUCUUAUAGGAUUUUGUAUACAAUCAUAUGGAAAUGUUAUUUUGUUGGGUAAACUUGAGUUUGGAAGGCAGUGAUUUAACCCUUGAAGACUGAUUUCAUUGAUGGGGAGCUAAGUUAAUAUUUACUAAACUGCCUUGUAUAUAACAUUGUAGUAGGUACAAAAAUUUUUCUGUUUUGAGAAGCUUAGUAAAAUAUAUUCAUAUCUACUACAAAAUAUUACUACUAAAUUCAUAUACUUUACAUGCAAAGUACAUUUCUUGAGGAAUUAUUUCUGGCAAUUAUUUUUUGAUGUCUUUAUUACAUGGUAAUAAAUAUCUGUUUAAAAUUUUCUAAA